CUCUGGCAGGUCACUUGACCCGCUUUGGCCACUUUGCUAGCUUGAAGAUUUAUCACGACUGGUGCAAUGUCUAAGGCACAACCAAAGAAAAAGGCGUCCUCCUCCAGUAAAAUCUCUUUAUCCGACCGACAGACAGAAGCAGCGUCUCUAGCAGGCACUUCCUCUGAGAGUCUGGGAGCUGUGUGGAGAUGCAGAUUCCCCAUCUGGCCCGAGUGGAGUGAUGCAGAGGUCAACAAGGAGAAAUGGGACUCAAGUAAAGGAGCUGAAGACGGAAAGCCGAACAAGAGUCACAAUGCUCCAUUUUUUGAAGAUCCUGAGGGAAAAAUUUCCCUGCCUCCAUCUUUGACCGUGCACUCUUGGAAGCGUCCUACGGAGUUUAUUGUCAACAAGGAUCUCACCAUCGUUGGAAAUGAAAUGACCUUUGACCUGAUCUCUCCCAAUCAUCAUCUGAUUUGCAGUGAGAUGAUGAGGUGGAUCAUCAGUGAGAUCUGUAUUCUUUGGACGCUUCAUAACUGCACAUCUACAAAACAAGAAGGUUGGAGACCUUGGGAGCACAUCUACUCACUGUGCAAGGUGGCGAAAGGCCAUGUGCCGCUCUACAACAACUAUGGCAAAUAUGUGGUCCGACUCUACUGGAUGGGCUGUUGGAGGAAGAUAACAGUUGAUGAUUCCAUGCCAUUUGAUGAAGAAAACAACCUGCUUCUCCCUGCCUCCACCUGUCAGUCAGAGCUGUGGCCAAUGUUGUUGGCUAAGGCUCUCAUUAAAGUGGCCAACACAAAUGUAGUGUCAGAGGUCUGCGGAGAGAUGGGUGAGUUCACAUUUAUCCACACCCUCACCGGCUGGAUCCCAGAAAUCAGUCCUAUAAAGUCCUUCUAUCUGGGAAAAACCUGGGAUUUCUUACAAGACACCAUUCCGAUAUUUACGCACCCAGAUGAGAGUCUGCCAGAGACGAAGCCUCAGACUGCAGACCCAGCUGCAGGGAGAGAUUCCAGCUGUAAUGACAGCGAGAGUCAGCUGCCAGAGAUGCAGAAAAGUAAAGAUACCCCUGAGGUGGUCGUGUGUGCCAGCUACAACCCUUUACAGCCACACACCAAUUCAUUUGGGUUCGGACAAAUGGCUAAUUCCUCAGAGUUUCUCCGUCGGUACGGCCUCUCCUUGCUGCACAGCCACAUAGUCCUGGUGACCAGAACCCGGGCGUGCCAGCUAGAGGCACCACCCAAACCUCCACCUAAACCUCCACCUGUGCCCCGAUGGAAACUCAUCCGCUUGCGCAAGAAGAUUGUCAUCACUGAUGAACCACAGAAACUUCCUUUGUCAAAACCACAGCAGUUCAUUGAGGUUGCCAGCUCUUUUCUCUCCCACCGUGUCGAGAGCAGCGAUGGCCCGAUCCCGGAGCUAGAGGCCGUGCAGAGCGCUCGGAGGGAGCUUUCCUAUGGAUCCCCUCUGGUGUCCAUUGCAGAGAGAGAGGAGGCUGAAUGCCGAGAAGGACUUGAGCCUGAUGCAGCUGAACGCACCGCUAACUCACCAAACAGCACAACAGACAAAAUAGAGGUUACUGCAGAGGACAGGAAGAAGGACAAUGAUGACAUCUCUGAUGAUCGGCCCAAAACUGCAAUGAAGGGGCCCAUAACUGAGGAGCCCUCAGCUCCUGUCAAACCCAUCCUGCAGAAGACCUGGGUGGACCUGGAUGACUUUGCCAAAUGCUUUCAGACUCUCUUGGUGUUCCAUCAACUACAGAUAUACCCACAUCACAGUCAGAAAUCUCAUUUUAAGAGCACCGUCUUGUCCAGAUCUACAACAGGCGCCAACUAUACUGGAUCGUCCACACACUCUCUUACCACAGGAUCCCUCCCUGUGACAUCUGCUGUAGCAAGUCCUGAAGUACGCACAUGCAGACACUGCCCAGAGGUGAGAGCCACUCACUACCUCUGUGUGGACAGCCUGCAACCUUCCCAGAUCCUCAUCAGCUUCUCUGCUCUGCUCCUCUGGGGAGAUGCAGCUGAGGAAAAAAAGGAAAUGUCUGCUGCAUGUGGAUCUGCAGUGCUCACCGCCCAGCCGUACUCUUGGAAAAGCCUGCAGUCUCAGCUGCCAGUUCUCACUAUCAAGACCACCUCCUCAAAGGCAGCCAUGCUUAACUUACCCCCAGGGCGCCAUGUGUUGUCCUUCCACACAAAGGCAGCGCUGGGCUACCACAUUCACCUGUGCAGCACGACACCUUUCAUCUUUGGGGAUGAAGAAACCGUCAUGCUACACCUUACCAAGGAAAGUGCCUGUUUCACUGAGCAGGCCUCGUCCAUCUUGAGGGCCCUGUCCCGAGUGGUGUCCUCCUUUAGCGAUGAGCAGGACCAGCCAGCAGCCAGAAGAGUAUUAGAAGAGGCUCACUGCCCACGAAACACCAACACCACCCUGGGAAAACACCACAAGGUGUUUAACAAUGCAGUUUACCACAUGCUGUAUGAGGCGCUGGGCAGGAAGCUGACAGCAGAGGAGCGGUUUGCUAUACUGGCCCUCACGACUGACCCUUCACUCUUGGUCGCUGACCAUAAAGAACAUUCCCCUACACAACCUCCAGAAAGCUGGAAAGACAGAGAGCCAACUGACACGGAGGUCAUGGCAGUCACCAUUCUGCAGGCUGGAUUCAAAGGGCACUUGGUCCGAGAGAUCUUUAAUGCAUCAAAACCAGGCACGAAGGAGAACCUCAGUGCAUCUAAGAUCCUUUUAGACAUGUGGCCGAAGGUUGAAUCAGAUGCAGAAAAACAUGCUGCCCUCUUGCUACGGUAUAUCAUUGACCACUCUGAGAGGAAAGCAGAGCUCUACCCCUGUCAGCAGGAUGAAUGGACCAGAACAACCUUCACUGAUUACUCUGUCCCUCUUCCAGACACAGCCAACUCCUGGGUCUUGGUCUUUAGAGAGGUGUUCAUGGUACCAGAGGAGAUGCUGCUGGUACCAAAGGUCUACUCCCCGAUCCCUAAUUGUCUCCUGCACGUCAUAAAUAAUGACACCGGAGAGGAGCUGGACAUGGUCUUCAACAAACCAGCAACCCUUGUCUAUCAACCCAACAAGCUCGGUUAUACCUUCGUAGCAGAGGCUGUCACACCUGAAUUGCUCCCUGCUGGUGCCAAGUGGAGGAUGCGCCUGAUUGGUUCAAGGGAACUCCUUCCAAAACUGUCCCGUGAGACUUCACUCAGCACAUUCUCAGUAAAGGAAUUCCGGGAUUACUACAUUCCCAGUGACAAAAACGUCAUAUGUCGUCACUCUUUGCAGGUGACAGCAGACGUCCUGGCAACCAUUCAGUUUCAGACUUCCAAGCCAGAUGCAUUGAUCCGUCUGUCCAUUCUGGACCAGGAGAAGGAGGUUGCCGGCAACACAGGGAAGGGCCAUGUGGUAAUUCCUGCGUUCUACUUCCUGGCCAACAAAGCCCCCAGUUGCACUUAUGAGAAGAACCAGCACCAGAAGGGAUCCCCCACCCAGGACAAGGGAGUCAGGGUUGUAGACCCCCCUCAGCAAAGGAACAGGGAGGACGACACAGCUGCUCAAUCAGACUCCUUGUCUGACCAGUCCCAGCCUCCCACAGAGUCUAUGGGUCAUAAGUAUGUGGUGCAGGCAGAGGUGCUUCAUAGGAGCUGGGAUUUGGAUGAAUCUCAGCUGGCUUUUGUCCAUAUGCUCAGAGAAUUGGAGAGGAAUGAAAUGAGAGUAUUCAAGCUUGAGGACUUCAAGCGUUCGCCCACUGCUGACACACCGAGCCAUGAUGGGCACAAAUCUGACGCACCCAAAGCCAACCGCAAAGGCGAAGGUGACAGGGAGAAAGGGAAGCCAGCUGCCACCUCCAAGUCUGGCUCCAGGCAGGAAACGAGACUUGACUCGACUAAGCCAAACUGGACGCUGCGUGUGGUCAGCGACAAGUGCAAAACAAGGAGCAUCGAGGUGAAGAAGGACACAGAGAGAAUGGACCAGAUUAAAGCCAUUGAAAAAGCCUGGGAAAUGGCUGAACCAGGCCGCUGUGCCAAGGCUUUACAGUCUCGUCUCAAGUUUCUUAAACAAGCUGAACAUCAAGCAAGUGAUGAAACGACGACAGAUCUUGCUGCUUCUGGAUCUGAUCUCGGCACCUCUCUCAGUCCAGCUAAUCAAAAGCUGACUGAUACGUCUUGCUCCUGUCCCCCCAUGGACUACACUCCCUUCAUCAGACGCCACAAGGAUUUUCCAGUGCUGAUGGACUCCCAUAUUGAGGAGCUCCAGCAGAAGGAGCGUUUCGAGAAGAUCCAGACCUACCGGUUAGUCCGAGACAAUGUGCUGGAGCACCAGAAACAGCAGGAGCUCACCAGGAAUGAGCUAAAGAGGUGCCAACUGGAGAUGUAUGAGAGCAUGCAGGCAGCCUUGUGGCAGCGCUGCAAGAAGUUUCUCGAUGCUUGCGAGGCGUUUAGUAGCCGUCAGAUGGCGGCCGUGAAAAAGGAACAAGAAGAGAAACAAGCACUGGAGGAGGCCCAGCAGGCAGUUUGAGAAAAAAACAACCCCCACCUCUGCUGCCAGCCAGCAGCGUGCCAAGAGUGCUGGCGAGAAGAAAUGAUGGUUGUUGGCACUAAGUUCCUGUCUCCAUUUCCUCAGCAGACACCUCUCAACAAGUCUGUGGGAACACCGAAGAAUCUUUAAUCACAACAUUGUUGCUUUUACCGGAUGAUAUGAUACCUGACUGAAAGAUUGUUGCUGCACCUGAUACCGAGCUGAUAGUGCUAUUGUCUCUUAAGACUCCAAAAAGAUAGUUUGUUAAUGUGUUAUAUUGUAUUUUGUAUUGAAACAUAUUCCUUUAGCACAUGUCUGUAUCCUUCAUCUUUCAUCUGUAACCUGUAUUAACAGAACUACUGUUCACCUGCAAGAGCAAUCUUUGUAGUUGUCGUUCUUUGUCCUUUGGAAUAUAUCAAAUAUAAUACAUUUCAAGUGACAAAAUGUCUGUUUCUGGCUGUGUGCACGCAUUUAAAAUCACUUCCUCUUUCAUUGCACUGAGAAUGUCAAGCCAUCUCACUUGCAGUGUGUCGUUUUGACUUUUCGAUGCUCAGCGUGCCUGAUUAUGUUCCUCAAAUCUUUUGUUUUCUUGAAGGUCACUGUAUUGACUGUAUGC